AUGAGUGUUGUAACGACGAAGGGCGACAGCGGCAGCAGCACCGCGGCAGCUACGGCCAUGCAGUCUGACACUGGCACAGAAGGCGCUCCGGCCACCAAUCAUCCGAACCGACCCACCACUGAAGGCGCCACACCACCCGGAACGAAUUCCGAUGGUGAAGCUGCAUCAGCCAACAAAUAUGAUACGGUCUCUCAGACUGCGGGAUCCACAGCAGCGCCAACCACAAACGCCAAAGCAGAUGACACGACGAAGCCUGGCGACAGUGACAGCGGCACCGCAGCCUCCCACACCACCGCUUUUCUUUUGCGCUUAACGUUGCGUGUGCGGCUGCUGCGAUAG